GUCUCUAAAAAUAAGCGUGAUGUUUACGCUACAAAAUAUACGUCCUAUUUCAGAUUGUGUCGUGCAACCAAGUAACAAACGUCAGUCGCGCUAUGCCACGCAUCAGGAGAUCACCGCCUACAUAACUUGACGUUACAUUUCGGAACGCUCCUUUCAAAAUUCGAACGCAUUUGAAUGAAAAAGGCGCGAAAGUAGAAUGUGUCAUAGAUUUAUUUUUCUUGUUUGACGGCCAGUAAUCCUUUGUUUUUUAUUUUGUGUUUCGGACGUUUCGGUUGACAUCGUUUGUUUUAAUGCCAGAAAAUGAUAUUGACCAAGGGAUUUGAUGUUUUUGUUGCCAUUUUCGUAAUUGUUUCAUCGAAAGCCUGUACGGCGUGUUUUAUCGGCAGCGAAUAUGAAAAGUACACAGGCACGACGGGCUCCACUUAUGUUAAGAACUGUGAAUGCAAAGAAGUCGGGUACUCGGUGAAGCAUCUGACGUGGUUGGAUCCGGACGGCAACGCAAUCAAUGGACCAGAUUCGAGCAAUCCAAAUGUAUACACGGAGAUUCAAGAGCACAACGGCACGGGUAUAUUGAGCCUCGUGGUGAGGAGCAUCAGCAAGUCCAUGGCAGGCAACUACACAUGCCAGACGAACUUCGAAGGAAACACGUAUAGCCAGACUUAUAAUAUUGAAGCAUAUGAUAGCCCGUACUUUGUGAAUACGACUGAGGAUCAGAAUAUAAUCAUCGGAGAAGACUCGAUAGUUCGAUGCGAAGUGCGGGGAAUCGCGGAUUACGAGAUGGUUUGGUACCGAAUCACAGACCGAGCGGAUGUGGUUUUGGUCAACGACAUGAAGUACAAGAUAUUGCCUGAACAUGGCCUACUCAUCAGAAAUGUCACUAAAGAGGACGCCGGGUACUACAACUGCACAGUCAAUAACAUUGUCAUAGGGGAUUCUAUACCAAUACGUAUCAAUGUACAGGCGGCGGCAAGGCCAGUAAUAUUCGAACCGAAAUUUAACAUUCCACCUGAGGCAAUAGUUGUCGGCAAUUCAGUGGUUGUGGAGUGCCUUGCGGAAGCCAUACCCUACCCUGAAUAUACCUGGACCAAGAUUACUGAUGAGUUCGGUAAUCCUAUAGAAAAUGCAAACUCGACGUGGACACCAAUGGUUAAUACAAUAAAAUUCGAUAGCAUCAAAAAAGAAGAUGCAGGGACAUACGUAUGCACCGCAGCAAACACUGUGGAUAGUGCAGCUGUAAAAGUUUCCAUUGCUGUCAAAGUGCCGCCAGUAAUAACGUUCCUGGAAAACGUCACCGUCGUGGAAGGCAACGCAGCACAGAUUGCCUGCAAGGCUACCGGAGUUCCUGCCCCUGUACUUCUCAUAGAGACCAGUCUGGACGGAUUGGAGACAGACAAAAGGGUAUCAACAGCAAUCAUGCACCCGACACCGGACACGUCGGAGCUAUAUUUGACAAUUGUGAACGUGUCCAGAUCAUGUGAGGGUAUAUUCAGAUGCAGUGCAGCUAAUGCAGUCACCAACGUUACUCAGGAAAUGUACUUGACCGUCCUGUACGCGCCAUAUUUCCCCGUACAAAACGAGACCAUAUGGGGCUGGCACAACCACACGGUCAACAUCAGCUGCGUCCACGCAAGCAACCCACCAUCCACAAUAGUAUGGAAGUUCCUUGGGAGUGAAAGUCGCGAAACAACGACAGCUGAACACGAUCAAGUCAAUAAACGGCUGCAAGAACUGAGUGACGGCAGUUCAGAACAAUACUUAGCCUUCCAAAUUGACGCUAAUGAGUAUGGGGAGUACGAGUGCACAGCUGUCAAUCCUUAUGGAAAUACUACGAAGAAAAUAUACUUGAGAGAAGCAUUCAAACCGACGGCUAUCAAAAAUAAAACAAUCAUAACCAUGACAGCAACAUCUGUAACGUUCCAAAUCCAUGGCCCGGACUCCGCAGACAACGCCCCCGUACGCGGCUACGUCGCAGAAUACGACCUCGUGGAGAACUACGCCACCACCAGCCACCAUAACAUAAGCUAUUGCGGCGUGGAACGGAACUUUACCAUAGACCGGCUGAAGCCCAACAGGACAUAUUCGAUUAAGUUCGCAGCCCAAAAUGCGGUUGGUGAUGGCGAGUGGUCGGAGCCGUUUGAAUUCAUGACGCCUGAAUCGUCCGCGCCCGAACCGCCGACAGAAGUGUGGGGCAAUCAAGGCAAGCUCAGGUGGAAGGCGCCCGAGCCUAACGGCGAGCCCAUCGACCAUUACAGCGUCGAGUUCUGCCCGUUUGUCGGUGAAGUUGUCAACCACACGCUCUGCCAAAAGGACAACGUGUCAGACACUGCAUUCCCGCUGGGGAAGUUGGAGAGGAACGCUAAAUAUAAGUUCGGAAUAAGUGCACACAACUCUCAAGGCUACUCGGAUUACACGUAUAAGGAGAUAAGGACGCCAGCAAAAAUAUUCGGCGAAGGCCUUCUCUCAGCGGGCGCAGUCAUCGGCAUAUCGGUGGUGGCGGUGGUCCUCUGCCUUCUCGUGUUGGACCUGCUGCUUCUGUGCUGGAGGAAACAGGGCAUGAUCGCAAGCUGCUACUUUAGGAAGAAUAAGAAGAAAGCUGAUAAUAUUAAUUCCCGAGACAAAAAGGGACUACUGGUAACAGAGGGCGAGCGCGCCGAUGACCGGCCCAACAACGGCGGCCACAGGGAGCUGGUGUACAACAAGACAACCGGCGUCAUUACGGGGAAGCACUCCUCUGUGUAGCUUAAAUAUACCACCGAUUCGUGCACGAACAGUUUCGUACGUUAACCUCUAUACUAGCUGCCACAGAACUGUGUUACAACAAUACCACAGGAGUCAUAAUAAACCACCGACAUCGUUCACGAGCAAUUUAGUACAUUGACCCUUAUACAGGUGGCCGGAAAGAACUGAUGUAAGUACGACAAACUCACAGAAAUCAUCACGGGGAAACACUCCCUAGUGUAAGUUUAAUGAACCACCGAUAUCGUGCACGAACAAUUUCGCAUAAUAAUCUAAGUAGGAGCGACCAUAUAUACUGAUGUGACAACGAGACCACAGCAGUCAUCACGGGGAAGCACUCAUCGUUGUGGUGUAGUAUUAAUAAACCACCGACAUCGUUAACAAACAAUUAUGUACAUAUUUUAUUAAUACCUAUACAAUACAAUAAUUCGUUAAACUAAUUCUACGGUAUACACUCACGCUCACGUGUUUUUAGUCACUCGCGCCGCGCGACAGGUUUCGGAGAGCCUACGUCUCCUUUCUCAAACAAAAAAACUAAAUUUUCUUAGUUUAACGUUAUUAUGUCUCACGACAAUUUUAAUUCGACAAAUAUUCUUUAUUGCUCGCUAAUAUCAAAAGAAAUAUGACAUACAAAAACCUAUUUUUAUUUCAUACUAAUCUACUACUUUUAUUGAAACCAACCCCGAAAUCGCGAAAAAUAUAUGCUGUUACACGUUUCGACGAGUCAUAAUUAUGUCGAUAUUUUCUGUGGAACAGUAGAUUUUAUGUUUGUACCAUUACCUACUGUCACACACAACAGAAUCAACCUGUAAUACAUCUGUUGCUGGCUUACAGCAAAAUUGUAUUGCCGUCGCAUAUGCUCGCAUUUUUAUCACGUGUGACCAGUUACGCGCGGUAUACGGAGAUAUGUAAUUGCAGGUUAAUGUAAGAAAUUCUUCGUGCACGGUGGUCACAUUUUAGCAAGUAAAUUGUUGUACCAAAGUUAAAUAUGGUAUAUUUUUUCUUACACAUUUCUUACGACAAUGUGCCACUACCCAAUACAAAUCAAACAUUUAACUUGACUUGUGUUGCAAAGAAUCACAAAAUAUGAUUGUAUGACACAUUUAAAAAGCAGUCGAUAUAAAAUAAAUAAAAUAAG